UCAGGGGUGAACAGCGACUCCAGAGUUUCCUGAACUGCUCCCUGGCGUGCUCCUCUCCUGGCUCUCCCUCUCCGAGCGUCUCCCCCAUCAAUCGGCGGCUCCCUGUGAGGACAUGAAGCUCCCAGUGCUCCUCGUGCUCGGGGGGAUCCUGCUGGAACUUCACACCGGUGUCUGCCAGCAACCAAAGCGUAGAGAGGACCUGGGUGAGAACCGUAUCCGGCCUGGACGAAAGAGGACGAAGGUUAGGUACCCCAAACUGAAGGACAAGGACAAGGAGAAGGACAGUGGGAAGGCUGGCUCCAUCCUCACACAGGUCUUGGACAAAGGGCGCUUCCUGCGGCUCGGAGAGACCCUGACCCAAACUCCUGGGAAGACCCUUGAGCUGCGAUGCAAGGGCAGCAAGAUUGGCUGGGCCUACCCCUCCUAUCUGGACACCUUUAACGACACUCGACUCACCAUCAAGCAACAGGAGAAGUUUGGUCAACUGAUCCUGACGUCGCCCUCUGCUGCUGACACAGGGGAGUACAGCUGCUGGCCAGUGCUGUGUGAUGGAAAUGAGUGUGAGAAAGACCUCGACCGUACCUCAGCCACUUACAUCUACUUCACUGACAAAGAUGAGUUAUUUGUUCCAUCGCCGAUACACUUUGAGAUUGUCUACAUGCGGCCUGACAAGCCCGCCACGGUGCCCUGCCGGGUGACCAGCCCGAGCGCUGUGGUGUCCCUGCACAGAGAGGUGCCCCCCGAGGUCAUCGCCGUGGACGGGACGGCCAUCUUCUACAACCCAACCAAGGGCUUCAUCCUGCAGAACCCCAGCGCGGAGUACCAGGGCGCCUUCUACUGCAAAGCUGCCACCAAGUCCACACCACAGAUCUCUACCAAGUACAUGCUGCUUUACGUGGAGGUUCCGAGUGGCCCCCCUUAUGCCACUCUGGAGUCCUCCGCUGACAGCAUAAGUGCAGGGGACACCUUCAACAUCACUUGCACAGUCCUGGGGGAGCCGGAGAUCGAUGUGAACUUCAGCUGGAGGUUUCCAGGCCAGGACAUGCGUCCGGUGCUCAUCCAUAAUGAAUGGCGGCUGAUAAACAGGGGACCUACCCACACGACUCGCAUCUCCACGAGUGUCAUCACUGUGGAGGACGUGGAAGAAUCCAUUGACUUUGGAAGGUACAUCUGCACAGCCAAGAACAAGCUUGGGGAGACAUCUGUGGCUAUGAGUAUGAACUAAAGGAGUAUAAUUGUUCCUAAAAGUUAGUGACCGUGAUACUCUCUCUGUGUUAGGGCAUUCACAAAUGCAACUAAAAUGAAAACAAUGAAAGCAUAGAUAUUUGGCAUGAAUAUUUACAUUUUCUACUCCCACAACUUAAAUCUUAAAUAUCAGAUUCAGAUGCAUUCUUUUAUAUUCUCAGAUAUUCUUUUGUGUGUAUUUCACUAAAGCGGUUUCGAAUAUUUUUUUUGUAGAUGGUUGCAUUUGUGUUUGCUAUUGUACCUUGGUUGUUUUCAUGUUAUCGAACAUUAUUUCAGCAUAAAUAAAAGUACCACUCUUUUUGUAAGACACUGGUUUCUGUUAGACCAGUCAUCACCUGUACAUAGAUGUGAAAAACACUCUGCCUUGCCUUUAAUGGGUUUCAUAUGUGGAAUGUGCAGUGCAAUUCCACAGCUCAGUUUAGUUCAAGAAUUUUCUCUCCACUUUCCCUCUCCUUUCUUCCAAUAAAUAUAAAAUAAAUUCAUUCAUUUAUAUCUUAAGACAA